UUGUUUUUGUCAUGCUAGGGUAUAAAGAUUGUAAUUUGUAAAUAUUGAUAUUUAGAGAAGUCUGCAUUUCAGAAAAUAUUGUUGGAGAUAUACAAAUAAAACAAUGGUUCUUCAAAACACAGGAAAGUUUAGAGUUGACAAGAAUGAUCCAAAUAAGAAAGAUGCAGCGGGAACAUCAAGUGGAUCGCGGGAAGAUUCAUCAGAGUCUCGUAUUCGUGCUGCCUUAGAAAAUGACAGAAUUGAUUCCAAAUAUGGUUUUGAUAGAGUAAGAGAUAUGAAAGAACGGACAGGUUUUCUUCUAAAUAUGCAUAUGGCUGAAGUGUUAGAUGAAGAUAAGAGGUUAGUUGCUGCUAUGGAUUAUUACUUUAUAGAAAUGGAUGGCUCUAGGUUUAAAGUAUCACUAACAUUCCAACCGUAUUUCUUUAUAUUGGCCCGAAAGGAAUGUGAGCAAGAAGUAAUGCAAUAUUUAUCUAAAAAGUAUGUGGGAACUAUUCACAAAAUGGAUGUCAUUGAAAAGGAAGACUUGGAUUUGCUCAAUCAUCUCUCUGGAUUAAAACAAUGUUACAUUAAACUUUCAUUCAUGUCUCAAAAUGAUAUGAUGAAAGUGAGAAGAGAGAUUCUAACAGCAGUUAAUAAAAACAAAGAGAGGGAGAAGAAGGAUGCAAUUUAUGCAGAAAUGUUAACAAAUGCGCUGACUAGUAAUGCCGCUAUUGAACAUGCAAAGAAGACAACUGAUCAUAUGGAAAAUAUUUUGGACAUAAGGGAACAUGAUGUACCUUACCACGUAAGAGUUUCGAUAGACUUGAAAAUAUUCUGUGGUACCUGGUACACUGUCAAAUCCAGAGGAACUGAAACCCCAAUAUUCACAAAGAGGGAUGAUUUACUUGAGAGACCGGAUCCCAUUGUUCUAGCAUUUGAUAUAGAGACAACUAAACUUCCACUCAAAUUCCCAGAUUCUCAGACUGAUCAAAUAAUGAUGAUCUCAUACAUGAUAGAUAGUCAAGGAUAUCUCAUUACAAAUAGGGAGAUUAUUUCUACCGAUGUUGAAGACUUUGAAUACACACCCAAGCCAGAAUUUGAAGGACAAUUUAUUAUAUUUAAUGAGCAAAAUGAGCUUGCAUUAAUACAGAAGUUUUUCGAUCACAUAAUGGAUGUGAAGCCCCACAUUUUUGUCACAUACAAUGGUGAUUUCUUCGAUUGGCCAUUUGUCGAAGCACGCGCUGCGAUACUGGGGCUAGAUAUGAAACAAGAGAUUGGGUUCAGCAAGAUGAAUGCAAGAGACGGAACCUAUGCUUGUAGACCUGCAAUGCAUAUGGACUGUCUAUGUUGGGUCAAACGUGACUCCUAUCUGCCUGUUGGUUCACAAGGCUUGAAAGCUGUAGCUAAAGCUAAGUUGCGGUAUGAUCCAGUCGAGCUAGAUCCUGAGGACAUGUGCAGAAUGGCUGCGGAGCAACCACAGGUCUUAUCAAACUACUCUGUAUCUGAUGCUGUUGCUACUUAUUACUUAUACAUGAAGUAUGUCCAUCCGUUCAUAUUUGCUUUGUGUACCAUUAUUCCAUUGGAGCCGGAUGAGGUGUUGCGUAAAGGCUCGGGUACACUAUGCGAGUCGCUACUUAUGGUGGAGGCAUUCCACGCGAAUAUCGUCUUCCCGAACAAACAGGUCGAGGAGCUGAAUAAGCUGACGUCCGAUGGCCACGUGUUGGAAACAGAAACCUAUGUGGGAGGACAUGUGGAAGCACUGGAGUCUGGUGUAUUCAGAGCGGAUAUAAAAUGCAAAUUCCGUAUAGUACCAUCGGCUGUUGAUAAACUGAUAGAAAGCACUGAAAAGACUAUGAAACACGCUAUAGAGGUUGAAGAAGGUGUACCGCUUGAACUUGUGACAAAUUUCGACGAGGUUUGUGAAGAUAUCAAGUCGAAAUUGCAACACAUGCGUGACCAUCCCAGGCGGGAAGAAAACCCACUUAUAUACCAUUUGGAUGUUGGUGCUAUGUAUCCGAAUAUUAUAUUAACAAACAGAUUGCAGCCGUCCGCCAUGGUCAAUGCGAGCACAUGCGCCGUAUGCGAGUACAACAAGCCGGACGCGUGCUGCCAGCGGCACAUGGACUGGAUGUGGAGAGGGGACUACCUGCCAGCGACGCGAAGUGAAUACCAGAGGAUCCAGCAACAGUUGGAGACAGAGAAAUUUCCUCCACUGCAUCCCGGAGGACCCACAAGAGCUUUCCACUCUCUACCAAAAGAGGAACAGGCAGCCUACGAAAAGAAGCGGCUUGCGGACUACUGUAGGGUCGCAUACAAGAAGACUAAGGUGACACGGACUGAGGUGCGAACCACAACUAUAUGUCAGAAAGAGAACUCCUUCUACGUCGAUACUGUCAGGGCAUUCAGAGAUCGUCGCUACGAGUACAAAGCGUUGAAUAAGCAAGCUAAAGCACUGGUGGCGCGUGCCAUAGCCGGCGGAGACGCGGCCGAGAUCAAGUCCGCUAAGAGCCGCGAGGUGCUGUUCGACUCUCUACAACUGGCACACAAAUGUAUCCUCAACUCGUUCUACGGCUAUGUUAUGAGGCGCGGCGCCCGCUGGCACAGCAUGGAGAUGGCCGGCAUCGUGUGUUACACGGGCGCCAAUAUCAUCAUGAGGGCGCGGGAGAUCAUCGAGCAAGUGGGCCGCCCGCUAGAGUUAGACACGGACGGUAUCUGGUGUAUACUGCCUGCAUCAUUCCCGGAGAACGUGACAGUACUGACCACUCAUGACAAGAAGAAGAAAAUCAAUGUGUCUUAUCCUAACGCUGUGCUAAACUCUAUGGUCAAGGAUUACUUCACCAAUGACCAGUACUUUGAGCUCGUAGACCCGACUGAGAAGAAAUACGAGCAGCGUUCCGAAAACUCGAUAUUCUUCGAGGUGGACGGGCCCUACCUCGGGAUGGUUCUGCCGGCCUCCAAAGAAGAGGGCAAGAAACUGAAGAAACGUUAUGCCGUGUUCAAUUUUGACGGCUCCUUGGCUGAGCUGAAAGGUUUUGAGGUUAAACGACGCGGUGAACUGCAGUUAAUCAAGAUCUUCCAAUCGUCAGUGUUCGAAGCGUUUCUGAAGGGAAACGACCUAAAGUCGUGCUACAGCGCCGUCGCCCGGGUGGCUGACUACUGGCUUGAUGUGCUCUACAGCAAGGGCUCCAACAUGCCAGAUUCCGAGCUGUUCGAGCUGAUCUCCGAGAACCGCUCCAUGUCGAAGAAGCUGGAGGACUACGGGGGACAGAAGUCCACCUCCAUUUCUACUGCGAAACGGCUGGCCGAGUUUCUUGGUGAUCAAAUGGUUAAGGACGCUGGAUUGGCUUGCAAGUUUAUAAUAUCCCGCAAGCCAGACGGUGCUCCGGUGACCGAGCGAGCAAUACCGCUAGCGAUAUUCCAGUCGCCCGCGGCCGUGAAGCGGCACCAUCUGCGACGCUGGCUGAAGGACAACACUAUAUCCGAAGAUAUCGAUAUUAGGGAUGUGCUGGACUGGGCCUAUUACAUCGAGCGGCUGAGCGGCGCUAUACAGAAGAUCAUCACUAUUCCCGCUGCCUUGCAAGGGUUAGAAAACCCCGUGCCCCGUGUACAAUACCCAGAUUGGUUGCACAAGAAAAUGAUGGCAAAAAGUGAUAAGUUCAAGACGAGGAAGAUCACGGAUAUGUUCAGCGCUAAGCCUAAGGAGGUGAAAGAAGUAGAUUCUGAUGAUGAAGGUGAUGUUGCUGAAGAUGCAGCUGUGAUGGAUACUGAUAAGAACUUACUGAUGGAUAUGGAAGACAUUGGCAAGGAGGGCUCAAGUAAAGACAUAAGGCCGGUGGUACACAAGGUGAAGCGAAAGAGGGAGCAGUCGCCGGCUAAGGAGUUUGCCACGUGGAGGGAGGCGCUCGGUGCACCACCGCCUUUUGGGACUACUAAGGAAGAACAUCUAGCCUGGAUUGUGUUCCAAAAGAAGAAGUGGAUGUGGCAAAUGGAACAGCGAGGAUUGCGGAACAGAAGUAAAAAAGGUCGAUUAGAUAAAGACGCAGCACUUCCCAAAAAUGUGGGAUCUACCAAUACCUUGGGAGGAUUUAUUAAACGGGCUCAACGGACUUUACUUAACACACCGUGGCAGAUUAUACAGGGACAGACGCUCUGCCCUGCUCUUCGUCUCAGCCGUAUUAUCCCACAGAUGUCGGAGACAGCUGAGGCGGGGUUGUUCCGCGUGUGGGCGCUAGUUGGCUCGGAGCUGCACCAGAUAAAGCUGAGCGUGCCGCGGAUAUUCUACGUGAACCGGCGCGUACCGCUGGCCACCGACAGCGGCGAGUACUGGCGCCGCGUGAGCCGGGUACUGCCUCGUGCGCGACCGGCCAUGCACCUCUACCAAUACACCGUGCCCGAGCGACUGUACAGGGAGCGCUCUCAAGAACUAAUGAGUGAGCUCUCCGCGCCCGAGAUUGAGGGUAUAUACGAAACACAGAUGAGCCUAGAGUUCCGAGUGCUCGUGAAGCUGGGAUGCGUUUGUGCUGUAGACCCCCAGGAAGCAAGAAAAUUAAUACAAUUUGGUUCGAACAACAUGGACACCUUUACAAUUAAUCAGUUGCUGUUUAAAGGCGUCGCGCAUGAACCGUAUUUACAAAGAAAGGAUGGUGUAUCUCCAGUGAAGCACAUAUUCCUGUACCAACACUCGACGCCCAACUCGAGCCGCAGCAUGUGGGCCAUGAUAAUGGGACCUAUUAAGCGGGCCUACAUCUUUGUACAGGACUCUGUCAAAACCAACCAAGUGCCUAAUAUGAACACAUUGUAUUCCGCUGAACGGAUUGCCAAGAUAAACCUUGGAACAGACGAAACCAUUUUGCCCAGCGCUGAAUUGCAUUGGGAGGUGUCUGUAGAAACAGAUUCUCGCGCAGUGUACCGCGGCAUCCAACGCGCUCUGCAGCGGUACCGGGACGAGAAGUGUGGACCCACCAUGUUGGCGCUUCAGAGCACGCUAUCGUCCGCCGCUCUGCUCGCUCUUAUGCCGGUAUUGUCAGAGUUCCCGCUUGUGCCACUGCACGUGCGCGACGUAGAGUCGUUGUACAGCACACUAGAGUGGCAGCGGAUUGGCGCGCGGGCCAUCGUCAGACAUUAUCUCAACCUGGACUCUGUACUCACACUCACCAUCAAACAGUGCAGAUAUUUGGGUAUCCCCGUGGGCAAUAUGCCCGCAGACCCAACGCUUUUCGGCGCAGAUCUCUUCUAUGCGAGACAUCUCCUUAAACACAACUUCGUUCUUUGGUGUUCGAGUCUGGAGCGGCCUGAUCUCGGUGGUAGAGAAAUCGAUGACAAUAGGUUGGUGAGUGAAACCGACGACAGCAGUAGGUGCGUGCACAACGCGAGCGGAGCGUACGGCGGUGUGUGCGUGUCUCUUGAAACGGACGCGCUGUGCGUAUGUGCACUGCUUCAGGCGCAUCAUAUACUGCAGGUGGAAGGAACAAGCGUGGCGACGUCGUUUGGAGCUCAGCACGCUAAUAUUCAGGAUGUUAUGGCCAACACUGGUUCGAACGCCACGCUGAACUACGAUGAGACCGCGCAGUGCAGCGCCGCGUUCAAAGUCCUCCGAACCAUGAUCGCGGCUUGGCUCCGGGACGUCACGGUCUACAAGAACGUCUUCGCCGACUUCCAGAUAUCGCACUUCUACAGAUGGCUGAAGACACCCACAUCUCUGCUUUACGAUCCCGCCCUACGCCGGACGCUGUACAGCCUGAUGAAGAGGUUGUUCCUCAUGCUGGUGGCAGAGUUCAGGCGGCUGGGCUCGCAGAUCGUGUACGCGGACUUCAACAAGAUCAUACUUCACACCAACAAGAGUAACGUCAUGGACGGAAUUGGUUACGUGGAGUUUGUAGUGCAAAGUAUCCGGAAUAAAGAACUGUUCCACGGUAUUGAUAUACGUUACAAAGAGUGCUGGUCACACCUGCUAUGGCUGGACCAGGCUAAUUUUGCGGGCAUACAGGGCAAACUACCGGAGGGACUGGUGGAAGUGGGCUCAUCACAAGUUGCUCAGAGUACUGAAGAAUCGUCCGAAGAUGAAGGUGCAAUAUCGAUGCAAUGGAACCUCGCUACGUACCUUGGUCGUGGAGUGCAGCAACACUUCUACACCGCGGCCGCCGGCUUCCUGAGUGCCGCCCACGCGGAACCAGACCGGCUGCGGGAACUGCUUGCCGGAGAGAUAUCGCAGAAACUAUUCCAGAUAACGGAGAAGAUAAAGAAUCGCAUGCCGACCCUGCGGCUGACCGACAUCGGACCUCAGCCCGGCUUCAAGGCGGAGGUCCUGGAGGGAACCACGCCCGCCCUCUUGUUCGUCAACGCUGUGUGCAAGGUGUUCUCUCUGGACGAAUCGCUUGCCGAACAGGUAACUCUGUUGCGCCGUAACCUAUUGCGACUGAUCGGCGUCGGCGAGUUCAGCCCGCUGGCGGAGUGGCGCGACGCGUGCGCGAGCUGCGUCCUGUGCGAGGUGAUCUGCAAGGCGUGCAACCAUUGCCGCGACCUGGACCUCUGUCUCACUACCGACACGGCGCUGCAGAACAACGUACCGGUAUGUCUGUGCCCCACUUGUGGAACUGCAUACGAGAACCAGGAGUUGGAGUGGAGAUUGAUUGAGAUAUUGAACAGGCGAGCCAUGUCGUACACACUGCAGGAUCUCAUAUGCACCAGAUGUAAUCAGGUUAAAAGAGAAAACUUAUCAAUAGUAUGUGAUUGUGCGGGCGAAUUUAAACUGAUGCUGCCUAUCAAAGAAAUUAAAUCACAAUUAGCAACAUUCAAGACCAUUGCAGAGUAUUACAGGAUGCCUUUGUUAUCAGAGAAUAUUGAAUUUAAUUUAAGCAACAUGUGAUAUUAAAAUAUUUUUGUAUUAA